GACAGUGUCGGUUUCACGGGCGAAGGGUAAGGUCGCUGCCGCUCCGUCGAAGGUCUUCUUCACGCUGUGAUUUUUUUUUAAAGGAAAAGAAGCUAUCGGAACUGGAUUUUCUCUUGCUUUAUGUGCUGUUUGGUUUGAGAGAAACGAGCAAUAGAGCUGACUUUAUUAUUAUUAAGGAACGAUUGACCCUUAACCGUGAAACCGUUUUGAAAGAAGAAUUAUCUCUUUCCCUUGACGAAUAAACCCAAGAAGAAUUGGACUGAUAACCGAACUUGCAUAUUAUCCGAAUGAUGUGCAGGUGAAGCGCCGACAAUGGACGAGGUGUUCGGCAACAGCAGCAGCGAAACCGUGAUGGAGGCCGACCUCUCCCGGGUUCUCGCCAACAUCAACCAGGACAUCGCUGACCUGCAGUACCUUCAGCUUCAGCACGAGCCGCCCAAACCCGCCGCGCGCGCCGCCCACACCCAGCCGCCCGCGGCCAUCACUACCAAUGUGGCGCACAUUGUCAACCGCCCGAUGCCCCGGGCCUAUGUCGGCGUGCCCCCGCCGAGCUCAGCGAGGGCGCCGCAGGAGAAGGGCGUCGGCGCGGUGGCUCACGUGCCCGUCAUCACGAGCGUGAGUCGCCACCUGGACAGGAACAGCAACGUGCAAGUCCGCGGCGAGCAGGAAGCGAUGGGCGGCAGCAUGGCACUCAGACACACUCAGUCGGCCGUGGUUGGUCGAGUGUGCCAGAGCCAGACCCCCAGGCCCCGGGCGCUCAGCACGGGGGCCGCCGCGUGCCAUGCCUACCAUCAGAACCCCCAGUGUCAACAGAGCCACCGACAGGAGAGUCACCCGAAGAGCUCGACGCCCUUCCCUCUCGGUCCGCGAAGUGGUCAGGAAGCCACGCACUGCUACGUCAACCUCCAGCCGCCUCAGCGUCAGGAUCGACCCGUGUCUAUUUACGACAAUGUUGUAGGACCUCCGCCCGCUGCCACAGGCACACCGCCCCACUCGGCCCCACCCAUCCUGUCUGCCGCGUCGGCCUCCUCGCUGCCGACGCCCAAGCCACUCUACAUGAAUGUCCCCUUCCCCGCCGCCAGCCGCUUGUCCCCGCAGAAAGAAAGGCUCAAUAGCUCGGCCGUGUGCGGCAGCAACAGCGCGCCAUCAACUCCGAGGGGCGGGACUGGAGCGCCCCACCGCCUCCACCACAGCUACAUCGAGAUCUGGACGGGGACGAGCGAGGAGAGAGACUCGCUCAGUGACAGCGAGUGUGAGGAGCUGAAGCGCUCGUUCCAGGAGCCGCAGACCCCUUCCUCACACCGCCCUUCCCCCGGCUACGUUGAAAUGAGUUCGCCGUACGUCAAGAGCCCUCAGGUCCCCAGUCCCUUCAAUGGCUCCGUUUUAGCCGACCUUGCAAACAAGCUGGCCACGUACGCCGGCCACCAGCCACGGAAUAUCUUCUGCCCCUUCUGUCCGCGGUACUUCGGGUAUGAAAAGAGCCUGGGCAGCCAUAUCCACAAAGUCCAUCGAGAGGAACUGAAUACCAUGGUGGAGACUCGCCCCGGCCAGGUGCAGCUGCAGUUCUGCCCCAUAUGCCAAGCACGGUUCUUCAACAACUCGGUCCUUCCAAAGCAUCUGAUUGACUUCCACAGAGCAUCGGUCAUUGAGAUUUUGGAAAAGAAUAAUUGUAUAAUGUCAGACACAGCCGGCAUCCAGUGCCCUUUCUGCACCAAAAAGGUUCCACAUGGCAAAACGGGCGAACAAGUGUUGCUGUACCACAUGCAGCAGUUGCACCUUUCUGACUUCGAGGGCAUGGUCAACUCCAAGUUCAAGCCUCUUACCAGCGGGGCCUCGGCAGAGUCUCUUCGGAGUCUGUCGUCAGGGGACUUGUCACAACUCGUCUCAUUUCACCCUGGUGUGACCUCCACCCCUGGGUUGAGUAACAAGAUGGGCACGAUGUCUCUGGUCACAGGGGGAUCUGGUAGAAAUAUGGAGGCCCUUGAUCUGGACGCCACGUGGUCGUCCCACCGUGGCAAAUUCAGGUCCCCGAUGCCACCACCGCCACCGCGACCUCAGGGAACUGGAGCAAAAGAUCAAACUCAGCAACCGCCAGCGCAGCCAAAUGCACAAGAAAAUCAAAAGCAUUUACCUGUUUCAACAAGCAAAGGCAUCUUGCGUCACCAGAGUGGAUUGAGUCGAAAGCCCAGUGUAAAGCGUGAAUUGCGGUUCAGUGUUCCUCCGGUCACCAGUGAAGAAGUCUUUAUACCAGAGUCACCAGAACAGAGCACACCAGAGCGCCUAGUGAACGAAAUGCAAGGCCAAGAGGUGUGUGAGGACGGAUCCAGGAGGACCAUUCCCAUCCGCGUCGACAGCCUUUCUGCGGCUGACUUCAUGGACCUCAACGAAAAAGCUGGAGGACAGAGGAAGAGGAGGCGUUUGGGCUUAGGCCUACGCUCAAGAAAGGCUUUCAAGAAGAGAGACAAAGAAAAUAUUGGAGAACGCGAGUUAAGCAGCUUUGUCUCUGGCGCAAGCAAGAUAGUUGACGGAGCCAAGAAGUUAAUCACGGACGGGUCCCAGGCGGGCCCUGGCGAGGUCGUCCCAACUGCUGCCACCCGUACUUACCGUCGACCGAGGCCUGUAGCAGUGCCACGGGUUCCUGACCUCCCUCCUCCUUCAAGCACGCAUACAUGCCAUGGAAACACCGAGAUGAUGCAGCAGGAGGAAAAUCACCCAGCUGUGUUAGACAAAGACGAAGACCACGGAUCUGACGUGUCUCCAUUUACGCAUCUCAAGCUGUACUCUCCACUGCGCAUGUUCCGAUGCAACACGUGUCGGGUCAAAUUCUGCGAUAACGAGUCCCUGAGUGGCCACAUCGGGUCAAGACACCGUGGUUUGCUCUACCUUCUGAGACCACAGUACGGGUGCGGUGUGUGUUCUGCGCGGUUCUACGAAAACAAGUAUCUGGUGAAGCAUUGUCUUCAGCACCACACAUCGUUGCUUGAGAUUCGUAGUCCCCGCAAACACAAAAUAGCCAUUUAUAGAUUUACUCACGCAUAGAAAAGUUCUAAUAUGUGUACGCGUGGGAGACGGUAUACCCAAGUGUCUAAGUGCAAAAUCUUGUCAUAAUUGAAUAUAUGUAUAUAGCUAUUCUACAUAAUUGAAUAUAUUCAGAUGGCUAACUUAGCACACAUUAGAUACAUCUGUAACAUAAUGUAAUAUUGUAGAAUUUUUUGUGUGUAUAAUACUUUUCUUAGCAAUACCGACUUCUUGCUCCUGUAUAGUGCGAGUCAUCAUGAUGGACAAAUGAUGCAGUGUUUUUAAUGUAUAUUGAAUCUAUAUAUCUGACUUUCUGCUGAGUGCAAUGUUUCUAGCACCAGCGAAACAUUGCAUAAAUGUUUUGCAUUUUGUCACGUGUUUUGAACAUUACUGUUUUUUUUAACACGUCAUAUUGGAUGUUUAUUGUUGUGUACAGAUUACCUGUAUUAUGCUUGGAUGUGCCAGUUUACACAUUACUAAGCUCUCGGUGCCAUAUGUAAUAAUAAAACGUUAACAGAAA